AUGCCCUCCUCUCCCACCUUCUCUGUCUCCCAACCCAUCUAUGCUUCUUCAGCAGUCGACCUCGAAUUCUCUAUAGGAUCAAUGAUCGACAGGGGGCGCCUUUCUGAUGUCUAUUCCCUCACUUCCAGAGUUCCAGCCAAUCAUCCUGACGAUCUGCCCCCGCUCGUUGUCAAGACCAAGCCCAUCGACCCUAAGAUCCCCAUAGCCGAAGCUAUCAAGCUCGCGGGGCACGGCAAGAUCCUGGGAGAAUGUGCAAAGAGACCUGGGAAGAGAGGGAGGCUGAGUGGCAGGAGGUACUGCCGCACCCUCCUCUCAGCCCUCCAAUGGGCCGCCGACCCCUCCCGCGGGGAUGUCAAGGUACUCGCCCUCAUGGGCAGCGGCUACUUUUCCAACGGUAUGGCCCUCAACAACAUCGAACACGCCUCCUCCCCCGGCCAAGAGACCUGGGACAAUAUCUGCGCCAUCGACGAUAUCGUUUCUUUCCUCUGCUCCGACACUUCCAACGAGAAGCCUGCUUCCAUACAGGGCCAGGGCAAGGCGUUGAGUGAGAGGGGCAUUGUGCCGGUAGCGUCUGUGAGGUGA